GUGAGUGUAGAAACGAUUAUAAUCGCAGAUGAAUCAAAGAGAGGCUAAUGCAGCACAGUUUCAGUUCUCGCCACAAAUUAAAUUCAGGCAUAAGCCACCAAAUCAUGCGAAGUGUCCUCUUCAACAAUGUCGAGAUCUGAGAAGGCCAAGGCAGGUGGCAAGCCCGUCAAACUGCCUCCUUCAGUAUUUUCAAAUUGGAAAAGUGUCAUUAACAACUACACCGAGAGUGAUCCAGAAGUCGAACUCGCACCUGUCGUUACAGCACUUGUACGCCUUGUCGAUUGCGCCGAUGAUCCUUGGGAGCAACAGGCAGUCUAUAUAAAGAAAGCCACUCAAGCGCUCAAUGACAAGAAGAACGCGGUAUACAAAGAGCAGAUCAUACGCGUUGUCGAGCCUAUCGCUUCCAGCGGCUACUUUGCCGCUGCCGAGAACUUGUCGCGUCGGCACUUCAUUCCGCUUGUUGAAGCUUCGUCGAAACAGACCAACGAAACGAGUUUUGCCCAGCUCUACAAACAGUAUAUUUCGCUCGGUGCACAACAGGAACCAUCUCUCGCGCAACGUGCAUUGACUAUUUCGGCUACACUUGAAUUUGGAUACGGCAAACAGAUUGUCCUGAACGCGUACCACGAGACGCUCGUAUAUCUGGUUACCUCGCUAGAACAGUCAAUUCAGCAGCUAGACAGAGCAUCCUUGGCAGACCGUAUGAACGACAUCCUCUAUCUUAUAAAAACUCUGCACAUUUUAUUAUCUCGCCAUACGGCACAGGCGCAACCUAUCUUUGUAAAGAUCCAGGAUCCACAACAGAAUGACCCGGACGCACAACUUGUUGCUAAGCUACUCAAUAUCUUACUCACGAUUUGCACCGAAACAGACGUCUAUGUUCGAGAUUGCAGUCAAGUUGCGGGUAUGACUAUUGCCGCAAUCGUAAAUAUGGCCACUGAUGUAAAUUUCGCACGGGAUCUCGUACUCGAAUGGUUCUUUACUACCAAGGAAAAGAGGAAUAUAUUGGGUGUUGCUCCCAAACCUACGCUGACGGGAGAGUCUGGAUGGACGGAUCGAGAUGUGCCAAUGCUAUCCAUUGUUAAGGGACUCGUUUCUAUCCGGGCCGACGUGCUUCUUUCCAAAUGUCCUGAUAACUUGGAGUAUAUUCCUACAUUGAAGAGCUUUCAACCGAUGAAGAACUUGCACGAGGUUUUGUUUUUCAGCAUUGUCUACUUUUGCUCCAAAGCCGACUUGCAAUCAGCAUCCAAGGUCGCUGCGUUUGAGUCCAUGUCAACCUGGCUCAUUCAAUGCAAGUCUAUCAUGCAAUCUUGCGGUGGUGAUGAUUUAACAAUGGAAGCUGUAUCAACAGUUUUCCAACCGCAAACAGUCGAUAGACUCGUUCAUUAUGUCUGGGAUCAUUGGGAUGAUCCUGUGGAUGUGAUCCAACACAAGGUCAAAGCCAUUUUUGAAAUUACCCUUGACGCAGUAGAGAUGAAAGCCAUCCACUUUGAAGAAAACGAAGAAUACCAACUUUUUUUGCGCAAGCUCCUGACCAACUUGAUUGAUAUGGACUGGCAUCGCAAGGUCAAGUAUGCAUUGCUAAAUAUUCUUGUACCAAAGCUCGGUACCGACGUCUUCCUUCAAGCUGAACCCAACAUUAUUUGGAAGUGUUUCCGCGCUAUGGAUAGUCUCAUUUUGUCUCCACAAAUCACAGCAUUGGUCAUGGCACUUUUAAAUCGAAGAAUUACCGAGACUAUUCCAGGUUACGAGAACAUCAAGGGCCAGAACAUGAAACUCGUCGAAAAACCGGAAACUAAGGUUCCCAUCCAACAAUGGGUCGACCUUUGGAGUGUACCGCUCCUUCGUGUACUGACAUCGUCGUCCGAGCUUUUACGAAAAAACAUAAGCAACUUUAUCAUGCAACCGUUGUUCAGGAUCUGCCCACAAUCGUUCUGGACUCUCAUGGAAAAGCUUCAAACUGACAGUGAUGCAUUAAUCAACAAGGAGCUACGUUUGCAUGCUUUCAUUGCGCUCUUGAAAGUUGGCAGAAGCCUCGAUAUCGUUAGCGCUGAUGCGUAUACGCUUGAAAAAUCAUCGGCCAACGCACGAGAAAUCUCUGUUGAUACUCUUCGCGUCGCCAUAUAUCAUUUGGACCCUCAAGUUCGACUGGACGUACUUGGACUUAUGUGUGAAUCACGUAAAGCUAUCACACCCAUCACCAAGACCGAGUUGGAAAUCCUCCAAGAAUUUAUCCCAUUAAACAUGAACUGCACGUCACCUGAGUUCCGACAAACAUUCUGCACACACAUUUCUCGAUUGCUUUACCGUCUACGUGGUAUUUUUUAUGCGCAAUACCGGUCCUACAAGUCGUGCACAGCAUAUCUGCAUCGGCUGGGCAGCAAAGUCGAUCCAGACGACAAAAAGUACGUCAAUGCACGUGCUGAGGCAAAUGAGGCCUUGGAUAGCAUGGAGAAUGGCAAGCAAUUUCUAUACUGGCUCAUCAAGUACAUCCAAACCUCAUUGUACCCUGGAGCAUCAUAUCAGCGCGUGGCAACGGCUUUGCGCUUAUUGAGCACGUUGAUCAAGAUCUUUGGUGUAACCGAGCUUCCUGUACCUGUAGGAUUUGGUGACCAACCAGAUUUUCCAUUCCAAGUGCCUGUCGGUACACCACAGCUGACAAAGAUUUUAAUCGACACAUUGAUGAACCCGUUUGAUUUCAAUCGUGUGCAAGCGUUUGAUAUUUUGUCGCAAUUUCCAAACCCACUGCCUGGCAUCGAAGCGCGCCAGGAUGCACAGCAUCUUUUGUGGUGGGGCUUGGAUAACGUUGUAAGCACAAGAGCCGGUGAGAGCGACAGUGGUGCCAUGGUGUUCCGAUUGAUUUUCACAAAGUAUGUCAAGGAACUCGGUUAUGAUCUUUAUCCCGAAAGGGAUGUCAAGGAAAAGGUUGCACCAGCUGUCGACAUGGCCCCAGUUGUGUUUACCGAACGACUAUUGGAUCUCCUGAACAAACAAGUCGAAGCUGCUAAAUCGAAUUUACUUUUGGCGGCCCAACAACAUCCUAUGCAUGGAACUCUUUUGGCUCUUCAAUAUAUAUUCCGAGAACUCGACUACCAUCAUCCUUCGGUUCGUGCAAAGUUAAAAGAAUGGAAAAAGACGCAUAACCGUGCUCUGGCCAUGGUGCAUUCUGUGUGUACAGCUGUGAUGGAUGUGCUUUCCAACCCUUCGCCAGAAGGCAAUGUACCUUCGUCAUACCGCGAAAUGGAGGAAGCUAUCGAUGAUCUGAUCGACGAUGGUGAUGAUGACGGUGCUGAAGAUAGCUCUUCCGGUCCUAAGCAUCAGGUUAUUUUGAGCUGCUGUUGGCGUGCUGUGAAGGAAGCUAGCGCCCUGCUGGAAGUGAUUAUCUCUAGAGCACCUGUCUCCCGCGACAGACCGGGCUUAAUUACGGCUGUAGACCUGAAAGAGAGCGGUGUCUUGCUAAGAACGUUGCUCACCUCAGUCAGACAUCGGGGUGCUUUCUCGGCUGUGUAUCCUGCAUACGUAUCACUAAACAUGAGAUUAUUGGACUCUGCUGAUGCAAACACAGCAGAUCUUCCAGCGCAAUGGCUCGAGGAUAAUCUUGCAAGCAUAACUUCAAACAACAUUUCUGUCACCCGACGUAGUGCUGGCUUACCUCUGUGUAUCUUGGCUAUUGUCAGCAGCGAGCGUUCGUCCAAAAAGAAAAUGCUGGAUCAGACCAUGAGAAGAUUGCUGGAACUUGCAAAUCAGGAACCUCCACCGGAUGCAGAUCAGCGCAUCGAUAUGCCUCAAGUCCAUGCCUACAAUAUUCUACGUACCAUUUUCAUGGAUGCUAAGUUAGCAACCGCAGUGCUUGGUUACGCAUCGGAUGGAUUUUCUUUAGCUAUCAGUGGCUUUUCGUCAUCCAGUUGGGCUAUUCGUAACUGUGCUGUCAUGCUGUUUUCGACGUUAUUACAGAGGACAUUCGGCACUAAGAAGACUAGAGAUGAACAUAGUGCCGUCAACAAAUUGACAGGUCGCGAGUUUUUCACGCGCUAUCCUCAGCUCCAUCCUUAUCUCUUGGAGCAGCUUGAAAUUGCUGUGGAUCAACUAUUGGCCAAGUCAACUGCAACGAGCACAGUACAUCCAGGCCUCUACCCCAUCUUAACAUUGCUUUCACGUCUCCAUCCAUCAGUUAUGGAUGGCGCCAGCCAAGUUACCGCAAUGGCUCCAUUUGUCCCACUUGUCACGUCCUGCGCUGUCAGUGCCAUUUUCAAGACUCGCGAAAUGGCCGCACGUGCUCUUGUUCCUCUUAUUUCUUCGUCCGAUCUUGCUCAAACAGUGCUUAUGCUCCUUGAUGUUCCACAAGAAUCAACACAGAAUGAGAUACACGGCCGCUUAUUGCAGGUUCAAUUCCUCCUGCGUGGUCAUCUCUAUCAUCCUGGUUUGCGGGACCAUCUUUUUGAUUUUGUUAAGCGAAUUCCUGCAGCAAUGUUGGCGACAGUGCUCUGUGCCAACAUGCUGAGUAGGGUUACAUAUGCACUAUUGCUGGAUAUUAUCAGCGAAUUCUUCUUCGAUUGUUCCUGGAUAUCUACUGACAGAGAUCAGGGUCUCAUUCAAGAGCUUAAUGUGGCAGCAGAAGAAAACUUUGAGCUGCUACGAAGGGCAGUAUUGGAUCAAUGUCGACAAGGAAUAGCAGAAGAGGUAGUACCACAACAAGUGGUAAUCGGUGGUUUCCUCGCACGUCGAUCAAUGGCUCAGAUUCUUGUACAAGAUGCCUUGGAAAAACAAUCUAUCAGCGAUAUCUUGUAUCUGUUGGAUGACAUUGAUUAUGAAGUCCGCUUGACUUGCAUGACGCUGUUAGAGAAGCAUAGCAACAGUGAAAUGGAAGGAAUAAAUGCUUUACAAGAGCAUUUGUUGAUAAAGACUUAUAAAGGCGAAUCGAAUCUCAACUGCUUUGUGUUGGCUGCCAAGUUCUUACUUGCUCUGAAAAUUGACUUUGAUCGCGUUCACUUUACGCGCAUUGAGUACUGGAACCGCUUGGUAGAACAAUUUGUCAGCAGUCGCUCUCAAGCCGUUACUGAGUCAGUUCUACCAUUAUUGGGCUCGCUGCUUGCUCAAAUUAUGGACGAUUGUGGUACUGAAAAAGACUGGCUCAACCAAUGUAUCAUAUUGUGGAGCAAGUACGUGGUCGCUAAUAGUAGCAAAGAAAUUACACUCCCACUUCGCGAAGCCGCUGUUGAGUCCAUUCGCUCUAUGGCAAUGCAUAUUUUUGAGAAUGAAGAAACAGCACGAGUUCAACUGACAGUUACACAAUUGCUUCAAGACGAUGAUAUAGAUAUUCGAACGUCUGUCGCAGAGAUCGUGUCUAAAGCACUGAGAUUGCCAGCUCCUGUGCAUCCUGAAAGAGCAACUGAAUUGGUGUACAUGAAUCUGAGCAAGAGUCUACAUCAUCUGGAAGAACUCUCGUCGUCAUUGGUGUCCGGGUUACUUGGAGAGGAAAAUCUUCGUAAGUAGCUAUGAGGGUAAAAUCAAGGAUUGCAGGAGGAAAGAAGCUUACCGCUCUCUUGCGUAUAUAUCUUUAGAAACAACCUGCGAUGCCGAGCUUUCGUUGGUCAAG